AAGAAGAAGAUUAGUUUCAUCACGAUCUCUGUUGUUAUGUCGGGAUGAUGGUUUAAUAUAAAAACGCUUAGAAACGUUUCUUUUAAGGGAGAAAAUCAGUUUUGAGUCAGGUCAAUAAAAUACUGUAAUAUUUUCGUCCUCACAGUCGUGACUAAGUUUUGAAUCAAGCAGAAAUAUCUGGAGGAGUAUCAUCUGAACUGAGAUCUGCUGCUGUGAAAAUGAUGUUUGUUAAAGAAGAGAGUGAAGAGGAGACGAGUGAACCAGAAACCAGCACAAUAAAACACAAGGAACCCGAAACCUGGAGAAUAAAACAAGAGGAACCAGAAACCUGGAGAAUAAAACAAGAGGAACCAGAAAUUUGGAGAAUAAAACAAGAGGAACCAGAAACCUGGAGAAUAAAAGACGAGGAACCAGAAACUUGGAAAAUAAAACAUGAGGAACCAGAUUAUUUGAUAGUAAAAUAUGAGGAACCAGAAACCUGGAAAAUAAAACAUGAGGAACCAGGAGAAUUCAUUGAAGAAAAAGAGAAUGAAGAAUUGAGUGACGUUGAGGAUCAUGUCAAAACUGGAGGAAAACCCUUGAGUUCUCAAGACAAACAGAAAGAUUUAAAGAAAAGAAGAGCCAAUAAAUCUUUCACCUGCACCCAGUGUGGAAAGAGUUUUAAACAGAAAACAAGUUUUGAGUGUCACAUGAGAAUUCAUACCGGAGAAAAACCAUUUACAUGUGAUCAGUGUGGGAAUAGUUUCACACAAUCAGCACACCUUAAGGAACACAUGAAUGUCCACACUAAGGAGAAGCCACAUUCAUGUCGUUUGUGUGAGAAGACUUUUAGUUCAGCGACCCGUUUAAAAUUGCAUGAGAGGAUUCACACUGGAGAAAAACCUUAUAUGUGUUCACAUUGUGACAAGAAAUUCAUUCAGUCAGUACAUCUGAAAACACACGAAAGAAUCCACACUGGAGAAAAACCUUACAAGUGUUCUCACUGUGACAAGAGAUUCAAUCAUUCAACACAUCUGAAAACACACAAGAUGAUCCACACUGGAGAGAAACCUUACAAGUGUUCACACUGCGACAAGAGAUUCAAAAAGUCAGGAGACCUGAAAACACAUGAGACGAUCCACACUGGAGAGAAACUUUAUAACUGUUCUGACUGUGACAAGAGAUUCAAUCAGUUAUCAAAUCUAAAAAAACACAAGAGGAUCCACACUGGAGAGAAACCUUAUAUGUGUUCUCACUGUGACAAAAGAUUCAAUCAGUUAUCAAAUCUGAAAACACAUGAGAGGAUCCACACUAGAGAGAAACUUUAUAAGUGUUCUCACUGAUAAGAGAUUCAAUUGGUUAUCAAAUCUGAAAACACAUGAGAGGAUCUCCACUGGAGUAAACCCUAUCACUGCACUGCAUGUGGGAAGUGUUUCAUUCAGUCAUUUGCUCUACAGUCAUACAAAAAAAAAAAAAUAAUCACAGUAAGGUUCAUGCUGCAGAAGCUACUGAGCCUAUUACCUUUCCUAAACUUACUAGUAGAGCUGUACGAUAUUUACAGUAUUUUUUUUCUGAAAUGUAUAUUGCAAUAUGUAAAAAAGAAAAAGAUCACCAGGGGCCCGUUUCACAAAGGAGGUUAAGUGAAAACUCUAAGUAUGUUAACCCUGAAAUGAGGGAAACACUAGGUUUUCUGUUUCAUAAUGGGAGGUUUGUCAAACCCGAGAAAGCACGGUAAGUCAAGCCCGUUACCAUAGUAACUUACUCUAUGAACCUAACCUGGAGCAGGUUUUCUUCGGUAAACCCAGAGUUUCUUUCGGUCUCCUCCCCUUUUUAAACACUUAAUUGAUGCACGCUGAAAAAUGCUCUUCUUACGAACUGUUUUUUUUUUCUUAAGUACAAAUAUAUAAAAAAUAAAAUAAAAUAAAGAUUGAUAUUCUAUUUAAGAAAAUUAUAUAAAAAUACUUAGUCUUGUUUCCUGGGGGGGAUGUAAAUUAAGUGCAUUUUACUUAAGUAAAAUUAUAUGCCAGUGUGGUAAUAAAAAUAAUCUUGAUGCAAAUAGAAAACAAGAUUAUUCGGAGUGUCUAUUACUAAGAGCAAAUCUACUGUAACUCCGCCCUCCAUCGACACAUAAGGUUAAAUAUGACACAUGUGAAUAACGACUUCAGUGGUGUAGGCGGUAAUGUUUUGGACACAGAAAAAAUAGCUUGUAAUGCGAUUGAUUGGGUUAGAGUCCAGAUUUUGUCGAGCUUGUUCUCCUCACUUUUCCCAUCACGUCACAUUAGAUGUAUAUAUUAUAUAUAUUUAUUUCCCAUGAGAUACCAUAAAAUGAUUAACUAUUAGUUGAUUAAUCUAACAUUCUGCCAGUUUUCACCUGUGAUAUUAUAACACUGAACACUGAUAAGAAUUACAUUUGUAUUGAGUCUGAAGUAUGCAGACGGCUUUUUGGCAGGAGCUGUUGCCAUGGUGAAUCGUAAUAUUGGUGCUCCAUUGAUAAUGGCUUUUUAUAGUUGUGGUGCACGCGCUUAACUCAGAGUCAGUCAAUUUAGAGUUGAUUAAACCAGCUAAUUUCAGCUGUUCUGUAACCGAAAACUCAAGAGUUUCCCAUCUCAGCGUAAGUCCACUCAGAGUUCAAGUUUAAACUCAGAGUUGGUUGAACCUCCUUAUUGAAACGGGCCCCAGAUGACUUGAACAGCUCUUUUUAGGGAAAAAAAAAACAACAACAAUGAUUGGGGUGAUUUUGUAGGUGAAUAAAUUAGCAUAGAAAUUAGCAAAUUACAAACAUGGAUAAAUGCUAAAAAAAUUAAGAUAAUAUACAGCACAGUUGAUUUCAUUUGCAAGUCUAAUUGUAUUCGGGUACAGAAAUUGAAUAAUCAAAUGUAAAAUAGCACUACAUAUUCUUCAGUGUAUAAAUUAAGUCUAAUAAAGCUAAAAAAGUGAUGUUUCGCUAUUUUGUUGUUUGAUUUACAUUCAUGAUACAUAAAGACUUACAUUCAUGGUACAUAACGGAGCAUUAAUGGCCUACCAUUUUAUCACAAAUAAACCUCUACAAAUGAUUGAGAAUGCAGCGCCACGACUGGUCUUCAACAAUCGCAAAAGAGCCCAUGAUACACCUCUCUUUAUCUCCUUGUUCUGGCUACUGGCUGCAGCUUGCAUCACAUUCAAGACAUUGAUGCUUGCAUAAAGAACAGCCACAGGCUCUGCACCCACCUACUUCCACUCACUAUUACGAACCUACAUCCCCUCCAGAAG